GCGUCUGCUUUCAGGCAGUCUGGAGGAAGACGCAAGCCGACACGCAGCUGCACUGGAGCAGACUCUGUUGUCUCAGCCUCAUGCUUCGCCUUGGGGACUUCUGCUCAAUCUGUCCGCUUUGUGAACGGUCGUGACAGUAUUUAUGUUUUAUUUUUAGUGACAAAAGAAGAGGAAAAAAGUGAGCAAGAAGGGGACCGAGUCAUGGAUCUUUACUGCUUGGAGUCGGAUAUAGUCGUGAAAGCCCAGCCUGACCCAAACAUCCUUUAUGAUGAGAGAGUUUUGCAAAGUUUAUUAACAAUUGAGGACAGUUUUUUACCCCAAUGCUCGUAUUUUCAGCGGGUCCAGAAGGAUAUUCACCCUUAUAUGAGACGAAUGGUUGCAGGUUGGAUGCACGAGGUGUGUGAGGGAGAGAAGACUAAUGAAGAUGUCUUUCCUUUAGCUAUUAAUUAUUUGGACAGAUUUUUAGCCGUGGUUCCCACAAGAAAGAACUUUUUGCAGCUUCUGGGAGCUGUGUGCAUGUUCCUGGCCUCCAAGCUGAAGGACUGCAGGCCCAUAUCAGCAGAGACACUCUGCAUGUACACUGACUUCUCCAUUACACCAAGGGAACUGCUGGAGUGGGAGCUGGUGGUGCUGGGGAAGUUGAAGUGGAACAUGGCCUCCGUUAUCCCCAAUGAUUUUAUAGAGCACAUCAUGCGCAGGCUGCCUAUUCCCAAAGACAAGUUAGCGUUGGUCCGAAAGCACACGCAGACUUUUAUCGCUCUUUGUGCUACAGAUGACCGGCUCGCCAUGAACCCGCCCUCUAUGAUCGCCACAGGCAGCAUGGCCGCCGCCAUCUGCGGCCUGCAGAUCUACCACACUGACCAGCGGCUGAAUCGAGAUAACCUGACAGACCUGCUGGCCAAGAUCACCAACACCGAGGUGGAUUGUUUGAGGGCCUGCCAGGAGCAGAUAGAGCGUGUUCUGGCCUCCAGCCUGCAGCAGGGCCAGCAGCACCGGCAGGAGAGCGGCGUCAGAGCCGGCAGCAAGGCGAGGGAGCAGCAAGAUCAGUCCAGCACCCCCACAGAUGUGCGUGACGUCAACUUAUGAGCUCCUCACGCCACCCGACUCGCUUGUGCCUGCCGACCAAUGAACUGACUGCACCGAGGGGGGGGCACGACAUGUCAGUCUCUUCUCGGAGUUGCUCCACACUUGAUGGUGUGACAAUCUAUGAACUUUAGAAACUAAGAAAUUUCCCCUUUUUUCCCCCAACUCCAUUCACACCUGGAUGGUGUAAUUCCACCUUUUUGUACGGACCACAAGUAGAUCGAACAAGCUAUUUAAAAUAAAAAAUAAGAUUCAUUCUUGAAAAACUUGAUAGUGCCUUAGGUUUCUUGAGUGGAAGCCUGGAAAUAUGCUCAUACUUGAAAGGAAGAUUGCAUAAUUAGAUGAAAUAUUCAUAUUUUAGUUCAUAACACUUAGUAAAAUAAGUAAUUGAUGUACAUGUAUCUAGAAUUUUGUUACUCUUUCACUAUCCUUCGUGAGUAAUCGUCAUCUUGCAGUUUAAUUGGAGGUUUCUGUUCUGAAAGUUCUUGCAGCAGCGAUUGAGAUGGAUCUUUGUCCGUGCACAACUUUAACAUAAAAUCGAUUUCCGGCGAUGCGUCACGCAUCUGCACCUGUAGCACCGCUUAUAACUGAGGUCCCGGCUCGGAGUGGGCUGCGCCUGCUCACGGAGGAAAGACGUUCAAGCGGUCUCCAUUUAACUGCCAGUUCCAGACAGGAGCGUUUUUGAAUUUCUGCAGGCUGUUGUGCUGUUUUCAGUCGGCGUGUUUGUCGGGCUGUUCGAAAGAGAUUCUGGGCUCAGUUUAUGGAACAAAUGGAGGUUUUGGAAAGUUUUUCUUCGCCAAGUUUCAGAGGACAGAGAAGCAAGUUUUUGAGAGGAGUCUAGGAAAGGAAGGUAUGUGGAAAGUGGCUGAAAAUGCAGAGGUCUGGGGUUAAUGAAGGCCUGGAAGCAGAAGUGAGAAGAGCGACUUAAAGCUUUAAGAUGUUUCUGCAGUCGUCCUUGAGUGACUCACAGGCGCAGAAAGGAUCCCCGAUGACUGUCGGGGUGGGUUUGCAUGUUCUGCAGUUUUUCUUGUUAUCAAUUACUUUUUAGAAAGGACGACACGAGCAAUAUUGAUGCACUUUUAAAUCACACUCCUUAAGUUUGGUAAGGGGAUGGUUGUCAAGAGUUCAGAGGUUUUUAUGGGGUCAUUCUUUUUUUGUUUUAUUCCAACUUUUAUUUUAAGUUAUUUGCUCGUUUUGUUUGUUUUAAUUUCCUUAUCUGGGCUGGUUUCCCAUGGGGUGUUGCAUGUUGUCAUCAAAGUUAUGCCCAAACUGGUGUAUAGACAUAGGAGAAUCAGCAUAAAGGUAUAAUACAUCCAUAAACUAAGGCAUGCAAAGCCACAUGCAGACCAUUUAUUUAACCCUAAACUUGAAUUUUAUUAUUUUUUUUCCUUUUAGAUUUAGUGAUCCCACUCCACCAACAAUUAUUCAUAUUCUUUGUGUGUGCGUGUGUUUGUGUGUGUGUGUGUGUCUGUGUUGCUUUUUGAGCUGCAGUUUAAAGAGCAUUUGUGGGAGUUUUACAAAUUUGCAUCACGAAUUUCUCAAUGAGUAAAAUGCUUGAAAUGUACUUUACAUUUUACAACAGAAAUGUAGUUUUUGAUCUGUAUUCUGGCAUGUUUGUGCAAAAAAAAAAGCCAAAAAUUAGUCUCUUUUUUUUGUUUUGUUUUGUUCCCAAAAAAUGCUUUAAACAUAAAAAAAUGUUUGUGCUUUUAAAUGUUCUGUUUAUAACUGAGAUGUUUCCAAAGUAAGGAAGAUAGAUUAUAUUCAUUUUCUUGCUGCUAUUAAGCUUUUCUCUCUAGUCUUACAAAAAAAAAAUGCCUUAUUGUCAUUCACUUGUGUGCUGCUAUAUUAUGAAAUGUGUAUGUAACAAGUCUGCUUUUCCAUUCUGUUUGUACCAGAGGCAAAGUAACACAGCUUGGUGCGGGACUGGAAGUACUUGUGUUGGCAGAUUUUUUUAAUUUUAUUUUUGAAUUAGCAUGUUUUUGUUAAUGUAAUUGUAUCUUUUCUCUAUCUUUUGUUCUAUCAUACUCUUGCUGCUUAAUUGUACCUCAGGAUAAUCAAAUUGGAUUGAGUGAGUGCCCAUCUCACCUUUACCUCAACACACUUGGCAUCACACACACGUCAUCUUCACUCCAGAUUUGUUGGACGGGUUUCUUUUUUUCCUUUGUUUUCUGUCUGGAUGUUAAGAAAUGCCAGUUGACAGAUCCCACUAAAAUUAAGCGCCUGCAGCCUAAAAUGGGCGUUUUCAUGUAUGGUGCUAAGUACAACAUCCUAUACUGUACGUUAUGUGUAUCAGAAAGACAAAAAAAAAAGUUACCUAUUGACAUGUUUGAAUCAGUUCAUUAAAAAAAUGAAAAGCUUAUAUUUGAGGUACCAGUAUACUCAGUUUUACAAUUUCUCAGUUCCAUGUGGUUGUUAUUCCAAUCGUCUCUCCAAGUGCAACCAUACAGUGUACCUCCACUAUUUGACAUCAAUAAAUUGGCUAAAACCA